CUGUCUAUUAAUUCCAGCACUAUUUGAAGGGUUAGGAUAUUUACAUCUGCGAGAUUUAUGCUUCAUAGGCCCUCCACAUCCUGGUGCAUCGUGUGAUUGGUUUGGAUCACCGGAUCAUGGGCCCACUUUCACAAACUCAAAGCCCAAACACUACCGUACGGACAUUCGGCCGGAGCAUUGUGUAAUAUCUCCACCACCUCAGAAGGCGCGAAUAAGAAGGGCUGUGUGCAGUAUCUCCCUCUCUCGUUGCUCCUACCGCUGACAAUAAAAAGAAAAAAGCGCAGAGGCGCGAAAAGCUCUCGCCUUUCUUUUCCGACCCUAGAAAUCUCUCCGCAUUUUCGCUCUCGAAUCUCAAAACAGAAAUUCUCUAUUUUCCCACUCCCAUAUCUUUUUCUCCCUCUCUCAUUUUCUUUAUCGGCAGAGGAAUAACAAGGAGGAGCUCCUUUUACAUCUUUGAAGCUGAGGGGUUAGGGUUUUUCUCAUACAAGAAACGAUGGCAGUUAGGGUUUCAAGGAAUUUCCUCAGAGAGGCAUUGAAUAGACGGCUCAAAGCUGGAGCACUUGGUGGCCUACGGCAAUCGAGCACGGCCGCGGGUGGGGGGCCCGUCAUCCCGCACUCUUCGAAGAAGGGAAGGCUAUUGACAGGAGCAACCAUAGGCCUCAUUAUAGCUGGGGGAGCUUAUGUGAGUACUGUGGAUGAGGCAACCUUCUGUGGGUGGCUAUUUUCAGCGACAAAACUUGUGAAUCCAUUCUUUUCUUUCCUAGAUCCGGAGGUUGCUCAUCAAUUAGCAGUAUCAGCAGCAGCUCGUGGCUGGGUUCCAAGGGAGAAGAGGCCAGACUCACCAUUACUGGGACUUGAAGUCUGGGGAAGGAAAUUUUCAAAUCCAGUAGGUCUUGCAGCUGGUUUUGAUAAAAAUGCGGAGGCAGUUGAAGGUUUACUAGGGUUAGGCUUUGGCUUUGUAGAGGUUGGCUCGGUGACUCCUAUUCCACAGGAGGGUAAUCCAAAGCCUCGCAUCUUCAGGUUGCGUGAGGAGGGUGCUAUCAUUAAUCGCUGUGGCUUCAACAGUGAAGGCAUUGUGGUUGUCGCAAAGCGGUUAGGUGCCCAGCAUGGUAAGAGGAAGCUGGACGAUUCCUCAAGCUCUUCUUUUGCAACCAAUGAUGAAGUAAAACAUGGAGGAAAAGCAGGCCCUGGCAUUCUUGGAGUCAAUCUUGGAAAGAAUAAGACAAGUGAAGAUGCUUCUGCUGAUUAUGUUCAAGGAGUCCACACUUUAUCACAGUUUGCAGACUACUUGGUUAUAAAUGUUUCGUCACCAAACACUCCUGGAUUGCGUAAACUUCAAGGGAGAAAACAACUGAAGGAUCUGGUUAAGAAGGUACAAGCUGCCCGGGAUGAAAUGCAGUGGGCCGAGGAUGGUCCACCCCCGUUGCUAGUGAAGAUUGCUCCUGACCUCUCUAAACAGGACCUUGAAGAUAUUGCAGCGGUUGCUCUUGCUCUCCACUUGGAUGGAUUGAUUAUAUCAAAUACAACAAUUUCAAGACCAGAUCCUGCAAGUAGAAAUCCAUUGGCUAACGAAUCAGGUGGCUUGAGCGGGAAACCUCUGUUUGGUCUAUCCACCAAUGUUCUCCGGGACAUGUAUGUUCUCACAAGGGGAAAAAUCCCUCUUAUAGGCUGUGGGGGUGUUAGCAGUGGUGAGGAUGCAUACAAAAAGAUACGAGCUGGAGCAACCCUUGUGCAGCUUUACACAGCCUUUGCAUAUGGAGGACCUGCACUCAUUCCUCGUAUAAAGGCUGAACUAGCAGAGUGCUUGGAAAGGGAUGGUUACAAGUCAAUCCAAGAAGCUGUGGGUGCUGAUUGUAGAUAGCCUCUCUGUUGUUGUGGGAGAAAGAGGCCCCAGUGCACCUGUUACAGAUAAGAACCAUACCAUGCAAGGACGUCAGGGCUGUUGUUGUUAGUUAUUUUCAGUCGAUAUGAUUAGGCUUUUCUCCGGUCUCAAAUUUUAAAAGAAGAAGAUAGGAUAGGCUUUUUUGCACUGACCAUCAGGGUAACAAUCUCUCUCUCUCUCUCUCUCUCUCUCUCUCUCUCGGAUUGGCUUACAUUUUUGGCUGUGACAUGUAAUGACUAAUGAGAAAAAUUUUGAAAUAUUUCAAGCGAUUUGGAAUUUGGGCGUC